UAAUUAUAAUAGCUCCUUUAUUCAUUUAUUUUCUACAAACUCCUGACUUUGCCCUCAGAUAAGACAGCUAUUAUUUAAUUUCAAUGAGGCCCCCAGCUCUGUUUAGUGCUCCAGAAUGUGAAACUUUGUAGAUUUGAAGUGUGGAGCUGUGAUGUAAUGUGUCUGCAGGUAUAAAUAUAGAGGCAUGGCUUCACAGCGUCCACGCAGAUCAAUGUCGCUCCGGCGCUGAAGCCAGUGCGCCUGUCGGUCUGGGAAUGAGCGCAACUUCCACACGCUCCUCUCUGUCGCGCCGCUGCUUCUUCUUUUUAUUCUCGCUUCAUUGGAAAGGCAAACGCCGGGAGGCUGCUUUCAGAGCCCGACCCGGGAUGGGCUCUCUCGCGGCCCUGCGGACCGUCCUGGUCCUGGGCCUGGUGACCGGCCUUGCGGGAUGCGCCCCCGGUCUGAACGGGACUGCGGAGCGCUGGGAGGCCCUGUACUCUCGGUCCCUGGCGCGGAUCCCGGGGGAGAAGCGGGAGGAAGUCAACCGGGACAGCGACUACCUCCUGGGCAUUAAAAGGUUGCGGCGUCUCUACUGCAACGUGGGGAUCGGCUUCCACAUGCAGGUGUUACCGGACGGUAGAAUAACAGGGGUUCACAACGAAAAUCGUCACAGUCUUCUGCAGAUCUCUCCGGUGGAGAGGGGAGUGGUGACUCUGCUGGGUGUUCGCAGUGGACUCUUCGUGGCCAUGAACCGGCGAGGAAAGCUGUAUGGAUCUUUACACUACAACAACGAGUGCAAGUUCAGAGAGAAGCUCCUCGCCAACAACUACAACGCCUACGAGUCGGUGGCUUACCCGAGGAUGUACAUCGGCCUGAGUAAGAACGGCAAAACAAAAAGAGGAAACCGAGUGUCACCCGCCAUGACAGUGACACAUUUCUUGCCAAGAAUCUAGUGGCCUCAUAAAUAGACGUCACCUCAACAUGGAGAAAUAUGACGGGGUGGCUCCAUACUAUGAUGCACUUUCACUCCAGGCGUUACGCAAGUGUAUCUUAUUUGAUAUUUUGCUAUGUAUAUAUUCAUAUUUUUAUUUAUGUUUAACAGCAGUUUCAUAUUUUUUUAGGAGGGGUUGUCUUUUCACUCUGGGUGGGUAAGAGGGGGAUCAAAGAUGCUAAACAAGCUAUUUAUGUUUUCAUUAAUUAAUUUAUCAGAUAUUUGCUGCUACUGAAUGAAAUCCUGUCCUAUUGGGGUUUUUGCACUGAUGGGGAAAAUAUGCAACAGUGCACAGGAGAGCUUUAUGACUUUACUAUGUUUUUAAAAGAUUGUUUUCAGCAAAACAGCACCUUUUCGAGUCUUACCCUGAUGAAAGAAAUGAGGUGCGAGUGUGUUUGGUGUCAGAGGUGGCACUGAUUGCCCAAUGCUCCGGCCCUUUUUUGUGGCACUGGAGCCUAAUUGAAACAGUAUCA